AUGACCCUCCCCACGCUCCAAGAAUCCCUGGAAUCCCUCUCCCCCACCACCUGGACCGACGUCCCGAGCACCGACCCCGCCGCCCUACGAGCCUACAUCACCGACCUCCGCACAAAAGCGCACCUGAUCGUCGAUUCCGUGCCGUUGCCUUCAGACGACGAUAUCCAAGCGCAGCAGGCCGCGUACGGCGGACAUCCAGCGAGCAAGGUAGUUCGGGCGAGCGGCGCAGUUCCUGUGCAUGAUCUGGUGGAUCACGAUAACGGGAAUAAUGGCGAUAGCAGUAGCGGUAGCGGUAGCGGGAGUGGGAAAAGCAACAAUAAUGGGAAAGGAGGCGGGGUGCAAGCACUUCGGAAACAAUGGAGCAAGCCGAUACGAGUGACCAAUUCUCGGGAUAACCCGUUGCAGAUCCCGAUAUAUAAGUUGCAGGGGGGAGAUGGGAAGGGACAUUGGUUCGGGAGGCGGAGCGUGCAUGAGGGGUUAGGGUUUGAGCGGUGGAGGGAGAAGUUGUCGGGCGAGAUGGGGGAGACGUUGAGGAGGAAUCAGGAACGGGUGAGGAAGGGGAAGAUGCCGGAUCAGGCGGUUAGGGGGAUUGGGGCGGAGAGGUUGGUUGAGGGGGUGGAGGUUAUGGGUGGUGGUGAUGGUGGGGAUGGGGAUGGGGAUGGGGUGAUUGGUAGGGUGCAGGUGUAUCAUGUUUCGGCGCAGUUUCCGAAACCUACGACUGCAAGGGAUUUUGUGAGUUUGAUUGUGUCUUGGGAUGAUAGUGAGGGUGAAGAGGAGAAACGGAAGCAGGAAGGGAAGGGGAGGGAGUGGAUGAUGGUGUCGAGACCGUGCGAGCAUGAUGAGGUGCCUCCGGUGCCGGGGUAUAUUCGGGGUAUGUAUGAGAGUGUGGAGUUUAUUCGGGAGAUACCUGUGGAGGGUAAGCCUGAGGGGGCGAUGAAUCCGGUUGAAUGGGUGAUGGUGACGAGGAGUGAUCCGGGUGGUAAUAUCCCCAGAUGGAUGGUGGAGAAGGGCACUCCCAAGAGCAUCUGUACGGAUGCUGUCAAGUUCUUGAAUUGGGCUUGUCGGGACGGGGAGAGGAAGAGGAGGUCCACGGACAGGUCGGUGGGCAGUCAUAGUCAGUAUGAUGAGGAGGAGGAUGCGUCCAGCAGUGAGGAGGACAGUGACGACGAGUCAUACACUGAAGUCGAACAUCACGGGUUGAUUGCCAGCUUCGCAUACCUGGUGAACGCAGGUCUGGAGCGGUAUGCGCCGCAGACAGUGCUGGACUACCUACCGCAGCACUCACGCCAGGUCUCUGCCCAGAGUGUCCCUGCCAGCAGCACGGAGCCAGAUGUCGAGGGGGUUAAGGAGCACGAAGAGGAUGCUGUAUCGCACGACAAAGCAUCGAUAGCACCAUCAGCAAACUCGGGCGUCGAAUCAUCACUGGAAGCAGGCCCCGACGUAUCCGCGCUGGAGCUAAUGGCCAAGAACAAGAAAGGCAAGCUGACCUCGCACGAGAAGCAGCUGGCAAAGCUAGCAGAACGCAAACGCAACGUCGAAGCACAGCUGGAUAAAGUACGAGCCGACAUCCAAGCCCUCCGCGUGACCUCACCAGUCGAAGGUUCCAAGCGCGACAAGAUGUCCACGACCGCUCUAGCAGCUACGAACGAGCAAGCCAGCAGCGAACCGCCAAGCAGCAGUCCAGCCAGCAGCAUGCACAAAGGCCAAACGUCAAGCAAGAGCCGUCAUGCCGAGAAUCCCGACCAUGAAACGGCAAAGAUGCACAAGGUUGCGUCGGGGCUGUUCCACGACGAGUCCAAGCUGCUGAAACAGCUCGGCAAGAUCGAGAAAGACCAGGUCAAGGAAGCAUCGAAGAUCGAGGCGCGGCAGCAGAAGCACGCAGACAAGCAGGAGAAGCAUCGCUCGCGGGCAGAGACGGAGGCGUUGCGCCGCGAGGUGGAGGUGCUCAAGAAGGAGGUGCAUCGAUUGCGCGGAGAGCGCAAGCAAUGGCUGGAUUUGAUCGGGUCAUUGCAGAAUGAGAAUACGCGGUUGGCAGCGGCGCAGGGGGGUGGAAAUGACAAGGGAGAAAUUAGCAUGUAA